AUGAAAGCCAACCGUGCUCGAUUCUUCUGGCGCCAAGCUAAGAAGAGACUACUCGACUGUGGACGAACAGCAGUAACGAGGAAGAAGUCGCAGCUGCCGUCGACAGUCACCUUGGAUGAGCCGAUUCUGGAAGAAGUCUUGAAAAGACUCGAUCUGAGCGAACGCGUCCAGUUGAGAAGCCUUUCUCCCCAGUUGUCCGAUCUCGUCGAUCGAAUGCCGCUGACCCUGCCGUUCGUGUUCCUCCGGUCAAACGGCUGCGGCGACAUCGAGCUGCACUGCGAUCGCAUGGACGUUCUCUUA